UGUUUGCGGUUGGUAGUGCGUCGGCGUGAGGUUAGUUUCUGAAGAAUCUUGUCAACACGUGUUGAAAAUAAAUUUCACGAAUUGAUCAUUGUUUUUUAUAAAAGUGUCCAAAAUGUCUGUGCUUCAGCGCGUGGUCAAACCGACCACACGGAAGGGCAAGAAAGUGUUGAUGAGUAGAGAACCUCAAGUCAUAGAAGGACCCAAGAAAGCUCUUUUCUUUCAAGGGAGGAAAACCUCGGAGAAAAUCCGUAGAUUACUAAAAGAUCUGUACGACAUCAAAAAACCGGAUGCACAGAGGCUCACAAAGAAAAACGACAUAACCAUUUUCGAGAAUGCGAAUGUGGUCGAAAAUAUUUGCAAGAAACAUGAGAGUCCACUAUUUAUGAUGGGCUCGCAUAGCAAAAAACGGCCCGACAAUCUCGUCAUCGGUAGAAUGUACAAUUAUUCCCUGUUAGAUAUGAUCGAAUUAUAUAUAGAAAACUUUGAAAGUUUUAAAGAAUUCAGCACAACAAAAAUCACACUGGGCACAAAACCCUGUUUACUAUUCAAUGGUCCUCAGUGGGAGCAAACCAAUGAACUGAAAUGUCUAAAAUCAUUAUUUAUAGAUUUUUUUCAUAGAGAACACACAGACUCUGUAAGAUUGCAGGGUAUAGAACACACUAUUAGUUUUAAUGUCACUCCUGAGGGAAAAAUUUUACUUAGGUCUUAUAAAAUAUUGCUUAAGAAGUCUGGGUGUAGAACACCACGGGUAGAACUGGAAGAAAUUGGUCCUCGAGUAGAUUUUACACUCAGACGUAGCAAAUUACCAACAGAAGAUCUCAUGAAGGAAGCGUGCCGCAAACCUAAAGAGCUCAAGGUCACGAAGAAGAAGAAUAUCAGCACAGAUGAAUUGGGCACCACCCAUGGUCGCAUCCACAUUGGAAAGCAAGAUAUCAACAAGUUGCAGACGCGCAAGAUGAAGGGCUUGAAGAAAACUCCAUUGGAGAAGAAAGCAGCCAAAGCUGCCAAGAGAUCACUAAUUACUAGUGAAGAAGUUGACACAGUGAAGAAACAGAAGAGGGGUUAGCAAUAGAAUUACAAUUGUUAUUGUUAUAUUGUGUAUAUGAGAUAAAUUAAGGUUCACAUAUAAUUAGGUAUUUUUUAAAUUAACUUAAAUUAAGUUAGGGAUAAUUGUAAAUAUUUUUUAUAAUUAAGACGUCCGUUAAUGUACCUAUGUUAUAAAUAGUAUACCUCUUUUUUUAACAAUCAAAUUUUUCAUUGUAAAUAUACUUUUAAUAAAAGUUAAAAAAAUCUUGUUGA